CUUUCGGUGCGGAUGCUUAGCGAUUUACCCGGUGAACAGUUUUACUAAGCCCCCAACAUUGUUGUGCGUUUCCACCCUGAAACACCCGCCGUGUCCUCGCUUCGUGUGAGUUAUCUAGGAUUUGUGGAAGUGGCACAGUUCCUUUGUUCGGCCAACGGAACGGCGAGCAAGAAGCCAGAACUUUCGAUCAACUUUUGGUUAGAAUUAAUUUUCCGCUAGCCGAACCGUGAAAGUGCGCGAGUAUUUUCCCUGAAAAACAAGCCGAAGUUUAGCGAAUCAGUGUAUGCGGUGACAAAACUCGAAAGAAAAUAAGGAAAUUUCCCACGAGUCGAAAGGAAUGUUCCAAUCAGCUUAAAUUGUGUGGCUCUUUCCACAACUUUCAGCAGUGUUACAAACAUACAGAAUAUAAACUCGGUAACAAUAAAACGCUCAAUUUAGAUUAUAAAUGAGAGGAAGAAAUUGUUCGGAUUCGCUGCUGCAGUGUUGACGACCAGCAGCCAGCCCUAGAGCGUUUCGUACGCGAGCAAGCAAACGAGGACACCACGGACGACGGAGGAGUUUUCGAGAGCGGAAACGAUAUCCCCGGUCCACCAAACACCACCACCCCCCUUUGUAAACCACAACGGCACCAUCGCGGAAAAUCAUUUUCACCACCAACACCACCCUGAAUACCGCUUCCGGGACCAACUGCUCCACUUCCCGAGGGUUGUGUACAAAUUAGGCGCACAACACAAGAAAAACAAUUCAAGUUGGAAGGUAAAAUCUUCUCGGCGGUGAACAACUUCCUCACUGCGUCGACCUUCGUCAAGGAUAUCCGCCAACUGAUUAUGACCCGGCAAACCAACGACCCGAACGACCAGCAGCCAGAACAAAACGAACUGGAAUCGAGUCAGAAUACCCAGAGUGAUCAGAGCAACAAUCACCCCACCCAGCGAUUGGGAGGAACCACCUCGGACUUCAGCGUUAGUUCCAUAGCAAGCAAUCGAAGUAUGCCGCGACAGCAGGAGGACAACCCAAACCAACCGAUCAGCGACUGUUCCAGUCUUGAUGGAAACGUAUUCGUCGACGGAACAGCCACCAGCGGAGCGCACCAGAAGACGCGUCGCUCACAAACCUCGGAAUCGAUCACCUCCAGCAACUUCAACUACAGUUUGAACCGACGAUUCAUUUCGAAGAACCAAAUGAAAGAGUUCCGAGAAGCGUUCCGCCUGUUCGACAAGGACAACGACGGUUCGAUCACUAAAGAAGAGCUGGGAACUGUGAUGAGGUCGCUCGGGCAGUUUGCUCGAGUGGAAGAGUUACAAGAAAUGCUACUGGAGAUUGAUGUGGAUGGUGAUGGAAACGUGAGUUUCGAAGAAUUUGUCGACAUCAUGUCGAACAUGACGGAUACGGUGGCCGAAACGUCGGCCGACCAGGAGGAACGUGAACUGCGAGAUGCCUUUCGUGUCUUCGAUAAACACAACCGUGGUUAUAUUACGGCAUCCGAUCUACGGGCGGUUCUUCAGUGUCUAGGCGAAGAUUUGGAUGAGGAAGAAAUCGAGGAUAUGAUCAAAGAAGUGGACGUCGAUGGAGACGGACGUAUUGAUUUCUACGAAUUUGUGCACGCUCUUGGAGAGCCGGAAGAUUCACAAGAGCAAGACGAUGAAGAGGAAGCUGUAUCACCCCAGUCACUAUCCUGUGAUGUUCAUCUCUAAGAAUGGACAGGAAUAUGUCACUAGCGUCAACGAAUCGUAUUCCUAACCAAACGUUGCACAUCCUGGAUAAUGGCCAGAAAAUUACAAAUAUUUCAUGCAAAUUUUCUGCUUUAUCGUCAUUGUUCUUCUUAUACGCUUCAACACAAAUUAAAAAGUACAUACUGUAAUGAAAAAAAACUAUCUAUAUACUACUGAUUCAUCUCGAUUCAUGAAAAAGUUUUUAAAAACAUAUCAAGCCAAAAAACCAAUCCGAAAGAUAUCUAAUUGGAUAGAACUUUAAAUACGCAAUAUUUAUAUAAUGAGCAUCUUUCAAAACGUUACAGACUCUUAAAACAUUGAUGCUGAACCAUACUAUAUACACAAAUAAGAAAUAUUUCAAAAACUAUUAAUGUUGUGAAGUGAAAUUUUUAAAUUACAAUUUUUGCAAUCUUUAACUGUUUUUAAAUUUACUAUUAGACAUGUAAGUAAAUCAUAACAUUUUUAAACAACUAUGAGCAAAACCUUAAAUAAUAUGUUGACAUCGUCUCGGGGUUGCUAUUAUGGAAAAAGAAAAUUAUAAUAACCUGCUUGUAAUUCGAAUACAAGAGUCUAAUGGCCAACCCUAGGAAAAUGCCAAGCAUUGAGCAAACAUCAACUUUUACAAUCUUUACUCUGUUAUGUACGUGCCAGUGUACAAUCUACUAAAAUAUAUCUAAAAAGUGUCAUAUAAUAAAUCCUAAAUCUAUGUAUCUCUGUCAA